GGGGCGGGGCCAGCAGAGGGGCGGAUCCCUCAAACCUAGCUGCCCGGGUUUCCAAGACAAAUUGGAAACUACACUUCCCAGAAUGCAACGAGGAGACCGACCCGCCUACAGAGAGGUUGGGAGGGACGUCCUCGGCCUCCAGGCAUCUGUACUUCUUCGCCCGCCCACCAGCCUCAUCCUCCCAGGGGCCGGCGGAAUUAAGGGGGACCGGCGGGUCAGUUAAGGGCUAAGGGGACCAGAGCCCACAGCAGGUCUGCCCCCGCUGUCCUUGCAGAAGUUCUUUUUACCUUCCAUCAUCUGUUGCCACCACACCUUCUACAUACAAGCAUAUACAUUUAACCAAAAGGGAGCAAGAGAAGAUCCUUCCAACCCCAAAUGUAGAUUUUCUGAUGAGGAGGAACAGAAUCUUUCAGCAAAUGAGCCAAAAAACCUGGGGAUGAAGAAGCCCUUACUGGUUCUGGUUUCCGCUACUUUCUUAACCUUUGUGAACACGAGUUUCUUCCUGAAAAAAACAAAGUAGAGGAUGGGACCGAGGAGGGGGCAAGAUAGAUAGAAGAAUCUGAGGUGCCUUCAGACUGUAACACUGAAAGACCCAACCUCCAGGUACAGCUCAAGGCUCCAGGGCAUUCAGCAACCGGAGACCUGCGGGUUCUCAUUUUCACAUUUGACAUUUUAUGACAACACCAAUUCAUCACAUAAUUAUGUUGUUUAAUAUGCGACAAGGAGAUUUCAAAAAGAUUACCUCUGGCACUGCCUUCAAGAAAUGAUUGGAUAGCUGCCUUGUAGAAGGAAGGCGGUUAUUUCAUCUUUGACUUUCCAAGAGAGGAAUACUUAACGCAUCAGAAUUCUCCUUCCCAACUGAGUUGAUGAUCACCCAACUGAGGGCAUUAGUGGACUUCAUCAUAGCCAUUCCUCUGACCUGGCUUAGUACGUGGCAUCAUUUCCAAGUGCUGAACGAACAAAUGAAUAUUACAUUUGAGUACUUUACAUUUACCUGGACUGCCGUAAAUUCCGGAAGUGUCUUACUUUAUGAAGACCACAUGUACGCAAAAACUCAAACUUAAAAACACAAAUUAAGAAACAUUUCAUGUUACAAAUGGCUUCUAUAGUUUGCAGAAGAUUUAUUAUAGCACUCCUAUAAAUAAUGAAGUACUCUUCUGGAUCAGUUUUCACAAAUUUGAUUACACACAACUACUAAGUGCUUCUUUGUGACCUGUGGUAGCCAGUGUGAGCGUCUGUGGUAUGCUAAGGCCCCUACUUUACUGACAGCCACAGUUAAGCCAUGUUAUAUAAAAUAAAAUAAAUAGUCCACUGUCCCCAGCAAAGUGCUAGUACAGUACUGAGUACGAUUUUAGACUUUUUCUUCUUGAAGAAAUGAAAAAUAAAAAUAGAAAUUAAUUUCAAAAGGCUAAAUAAGAUCCAAGUUAAGCUCAAUUCUGCCCAAAGCAAAGCAUAUUGCUGUCACUUCAAAAAUAUUGCCAUCAUUACUCUCAUCUGUUAUUUCUAAUUUUAUUUUUCUUAUACUUUAUUUUAUUUUGCUUAUAUUUAAAGUGAUGGCCACAUAAUAUAUUUGUGACUCAGAUGUAAGGUUUCUGCAUCCAAUUUGACUCAGAGACAGAAGCUGCCCAGAGCCAAGCCCUUUCUGCGGUACAUGGAUACUACUGAGAUUUAAAAGCAUUUCAGCACACCAAGUAGCAAUCUGGAAGGAAUGUCACCUUUUAACAUUAUGUGAGAUGACACUGCUGAGAACAAGGCUGACUCCCCUCAGGAUUAUAAAACAUCUGAAGCAGUUCUAAGUUAACAUCCCAGCAAGACCACAACCAGAGACUUUUAAUUUGUGUGUUAUAUGUGUGGAAAGGGAGAAGGAGAGAGAGAAGAAACCUGACACAAAAAGACAUAAAAAAACACUGUAAUAUAUCAGGAAGAGGAUGAGCCAGAGAUGAAGAUAAUAUAUAUGAGGAAGCAUUAUUAUGGGGGGAGAGGCCAACAGACACAGUUUAAAGUUGAUACAUAUGGGGAGUUGGCUUCACAAUGGAAGUGGAAUAUGCAGUAGUCUUUAUUUUUGUUUGCUUUGUGUACUUUUUUUUUUUUUCUGGCUUUACUGAGACAUCACUCACAUUGGAUAACAGUUUGUUCAAUAAGAAAACAGCAACAGUGCAUUCAUUAGGUGAUUAUCACAGAGAUGAAAUUGGCCUGAUCCCAUGUCCUGAAGCUAGGUAUAACCGGAGUCCCAUAGUCCUGGUUGAAAACAAACUUGGUGUGGAGAGCUGGUGUGUCAAGUUCCUCUUACCAUAUGUCCACAACAAGCUCCUUUUGUACAGAACGAGAAAGCAAUGGCUAAACAAAGAUGAACUGAUAGAUGUCACAUGCACCUUGCUGCUUCUAAACCCAGACUUUACCACUGCAUGGAACGUAAGAAAAGAGCUGAUCCUCUCUGGCACUUUAAAUCCAAUUAAGGACUUAUAUCUGGGAAAACUGGCCUUAACUAAAUUUCCAAAGAGUCCAGAAACGUGGAUUCACAGGCGAUGGGUGCUACAGCAGCUAAUUCAGGAAACCUCUUUGCCUUCCUUUAUGAUGAAAGGAAACUUGGGGACGAUUCCUGCAGAAAGGACACAGAGACUAAUACGAGAAGAGCUGGAGGUCUGUGGUGAAGCGGCAGGGAGAUACCCAAGCAACUAUAAUGCCUGGUCCCAUCGCAUCUGGGUUCUACAGCACCUGGCCAAGCUAGAUGUCAAGAUUCUUCUUGAUGAACUGUCUUCUACUAAACACUGGGCAUCCAUGCAUGUUUCAGACCACAGCGGAUUUCACUACCGCCAGUUUUUGUUAAAGUCUUUGAUUAGCCAAACUGUGAUAGAUGGUUCUGUAUUGGAGCAAGGCCCUUUGAGAAGUGACCCAGCUCUAGUUCACCCAAAAGAUGAAGAAGAAGCAGCUUCAACAGAGGAAGCAAGGAUAAAUCUUCCCCAUCUUCUAGAAGAAGAAGUUGAAUUCAGCACUGAUCUUAUUGAUUCCUACCCAGGACAUGAAACCCUUUGGUGUCAUAGGCGGCAUGUUUUCUACCUUCAGCACCACUUAAGUGGCAGGUUUUCUCAAAGCGUGACCCAGCUAUCACCUGUAGACAGCCCUGGGGGGACUCUGAGUGACUCACACCUCACUCCAACAGGCACACACGUGUCUCAGGCCAUGGAGGUGGAUGGGCUGAAUGACUGUAGCAAGCAAGGCUAUUCCCAGGAAACUAAACGCCUGAAGCGGACCCCAGCUCCAGACUCCCACGGCCUGGAAAUGGAGCACAGGUUCAUCGAUCAAGUAUUGUCCACCUGCCGGAAUGUAGAACAGGCCAGGUUUGCCAAUGCAUACAGGAAGUGGCUGGUUACGUUGAGUCAGUGAAAGAGGUGGAUUAGUCCUGUGAGGUUCCCCUUUUUAGUGCAAUAUUGCUUUCCUUUCUUCCUUAGAUAGUUGCAUGAACUGUUUGCUAUUAUGUGGUCUUCAUCUUUAGGUUAAAAGUCCAUAGUAAAUCUUUCAUUUUAUUUAUUUUGUUAAGAACUGGCAUUCCUUUGAGGAUAAAAUAACUGUGUAGUUUCUUCCUGCUAAACAGUGAGUCUUAAUGUUUUUUCUUAUCCUUUAUAUUUCUAUAUGUGAAGCUUCUUACUCGGCUCACCUAACUGGUUCACAAACAUGUCUACCCAUCUCUAUGCAAUUGCUGCAUAGGCUAGUGGUUUUUUUUAUUUUUUAAUUUAUGUUGUUGUUCAGCUUUAGAAUAAUACGAGCUCAAAAUUACUCCAUCUAAUUAUUUGAGAAUCAAAUGGCCAGAUAGAUGGAUUUGUGAAAAUAUAAAUCAUUUCUCUUUUCUGAUGCAAGUUAUUGACCAGUAUAACCAAAGUCAGAAGUAUUGGAAUUUAUAUAAAAAACAUGCUUCCAAUGUGUAAUCCAUUUUAAAAUGGUUAUUUUAAAAGAAAAAUGAAUCUUAAGGGUUUAUGCAAUUACUGGGAAAUUAUUUUUGUUACUAGUUUUGAUAGAUUCUCUUUACCUCAAAUUUGGUAUAGGCCAAAAACACUCAAGUUAGCCCCUAUAAAAAUCAUUUGUUUUUAAACCUGGAAUGCCAUUUUUAGUUAUUACUAUUUUUCUUUUAAAUUCACCAUGAAAAGUGGGAAAAAUAUGCAUGAAGAUGGAUCCAUAAAAAUCUUUCUUUUUAAAAAUUUAAGUUCUUGAUAUAUUUAAACUACAGAAUUUUUAUGAAGUGAAGUGAUUAUUAAAAGUUUGCUGGCAAAUGCCAGAGGAAAGAAUAGCUUUUGAAGGUUAGUUCUUCACCCUUUAUUUUAAAAAAUAAAACAACUUAAAGACUUUGAUAUUAAGCUUAUCAGGGAUGAGGUACCAAAGUAGCCACCUCACAACUGUAUCUUAUCUUUUCAAUAAUAAGGGCUGGGUUUUUCAGGUCUGUGAGGCGGGGUGGGAAGAGGGCCUGGUAAUGUUUACUUUCUUAAUAUAUUUUCCCCUUUGUAAGUGGUCUGUGUUUGUUCUUUCCUUUCCAUGUACCUUUUCUUUAUUUUCCCAAUCUACCCCAUAUUUUUUGAUACUUUCACUUUUGUAUGUUUUUCUUUGUCUUUAGGAUGUAUAUAAAUGAUAUAAUCUAUCCUCUUUCCAGUGAAUUUCAUACCCCAUUAAACACACACACACAUACACACACACAAAAUAUUAAUAUGAACUGCCCCUCUAAAGGUUCCCCUAAUGAUGGAAACUGCCUAUUGUUCUAUGUGCAUGAAGAAUGUAAUAGUGGCCAAAGUAAGUGACUGCCAGACUUUUCUUGUUCUCCUUUUUACUUGCUGGGUCACCUGUAGGGUGAGGGAACAGACAGAGAAAGGCAGACCUCUCCUAUCUUCUAUUAUGGAAACCUUGGGCUUGAGUGAGGCACACUGCCUUAAGCUUUGGGGAAGAAUAAGUUCCUUUUGUGCACCAUUAAUUUUAAGUAGUAAAUUGUCAGGUGAGACUCAAGAACACCAGAAAAAUUGUUCAGCCCCACUCUUGUAGACAGAAGUUGCUCUUCUCUCUUGGGGCAGAAUUAACCUAUAAUUUUUUAGUUUUCUUAGAAUUUAGGUAAGAAAACAAUUGCCAUUAUGAACAUAAUACCAUGGCCCUUUGUGUACAAAGCAUAUUUUGAAUCAAAUACCUCAAGGUCUACCUAGACCUCUAUGGAUAAAACCAUUAGUUUGUGAUUUUCAGCACCUGCAGGGGAUGGUGGGGAGGACUACACACAGAGGACAUGAGAGAAUCAGCCCAUUCCACUGAAUACAUGUUGCCAAAUCCUGACCUCACUCAGUAUUACCUUUUUUCCACACACCAUUCUAAGUAUCCCAAGUAAUAGGGCUGCUUAUGCUUUGAUGUGAGAGUGUCAGGACAGGAAUAUAGACAAUACCCUGUGAAACAUCAGCUCAAUUUGAUAGUGCUCCACACUUUUUUAUAGCCUCCACCUUUGAUAUUAUCUGUCUUCAUAUGUUUUAAGGCCGUUAAUCGCCCCUUUAUGAAGCCAUCAGUCCUAUCAGAUAUCUUGGUCUCUUGUCUUCCUAAUAAAGUUUUGAAUAGGGAGUAAAAAUACAAAUAUCUAAAGGAUAUUUACUGUUUGUGACUUUUGUGUGCUACUUUAUUUCUAAAAUCUGCAUUUUUCAAGGGUUCAUUAGCUAUAGCGCCAUACCAUCUCUUUGACUGAGUUCAUGCAGUGGAAAGGAUGUGUCUGUUUUCAGGGACUUGUUAGUCUUUUUUUUUUUUUCUUUAAAUAUGUCAUUGUUGAAAAAAUACGUUAGGUGGACACACAUUUCAUCAAACUUUCAUUGUAAGAAUAGUAGGCCAUCAUCCCAUCCUGUGGAUCAAGAAUACUACUGACAAACCAAAAGCAAUAAGAUCUGUAAAUACCUCCACCAGUACCUUCCUCCCCCACCCCCUCUUUUUUUAAGUAUACCUAUUUUGGUAAUACGGUGUUCCCACAUUAUACCGUGUGCCUUGCACAUUGUGAGGACUCAUUAAAUAUUUAUCAAAUUAAUACAUGAUUAACUGAAGAAGGGAAAGAUUGAUCAUGAGUAAUGGACAGAAUGAGUUAUGAUUGAGAAAUUGAUGGAUUAGAGCAAUGGAUUGUGAAUAAAUGAUGUAUUCUAGCUUCAUGAUCCUUCAGGUGAAGUGAACUAUUACAUAUAGAAUAAGUUAAUUUAGAUUUUUUUUCUUCAUUUAACUACCUUGUUUAAGCUUAAGUCCCAGCCAAGAAAUGCAGCUCUGUAAUUAUGAAUUAACUAUACUUUAAAUAUAUAUUAAAAAUUCAUAGAACAAAGCUUGUUUGCAUAAGAACACUACUUUCUGCUCGGUUAUGAUAUUGGAGGACAGAUCUUGCCAAUAGAGCCAGAUAUACUUUGGGGCAUUUGAAGAAGUUCUUUGAUUUCAAAGACUUGUUGAUCUGUAUUUGUGACUGGAUAGUCAUGUUAAGCUUCUCCUUUUCUCCUCCCCAGCUUGAACUGUGGAGCUUUUAGGUAUUUCUUAAAACUAUGUGAGUUUUUUUUUUUUUUUUUUAAAGGAUUAGUUUCUUAUUAACAUCCCCUUUUUCUUUUCUAGGUGUUUUUUUUUUUUUUUUUUCUUUUCUAGGUUUUAACAUUUUCUUACCUCUUUGGAAACUCUGGGCCCAGGCUCUCAGUCAUAUCCCCUAGUCCUGUGGUACAGUUUUAAUUAAAUGAAAGACUUCAUUAUUAACAGGAUUAAAUCUAUACAGGUUUUCACUAAAAACCAUUUAAAUCUUCAGAUGAGGGUUUAUGUGACAUCAGAUUUGAAAACAAAAGUUCCUGGACUUGAUGUAGCAGCUUUUAGGAAAGCAUACAUGGUAGACUUUGUGUGAUUUCGAUAUAUUCAGGUCAUGUCAAUUCAUGCUUAUUAUAUUAAAGAGAACUUUUAAUAUUGUUGAGAACAAAUCAAUAGUAAUAAUUUUCUGUAGCACAAGAUGGUAUCUGCCAUGGGCUAAAUAUAAUUUAGGAGUACAACUGCCUCUUGCUGUACAACAGUGUAAUCUCUAUCUUAGUCCCUCUUAAUUACACAAGAUACUAAAGAUUUAGUUAUAAAAGGAAGUAACAUAUAUUCCCUUUUUUUUGGAGAAAGUUUUUAUAAGCUUACGGUUAUUUUGUUACUAGAAAAUUAUAUUUUAAAACUUUAAAAUGUUUAUAAUACUCUAGAAAAUCUGAACAGCAUCAUUUACAACUUUUUUCUCCUGAGUAACUCUCAAAUAGAACUGUGCAAACCCUGGUACUUGACUUGCUGCCAUCUCCCCAUGCCUAGACAAUAUUCUUAAUAUGCUCCUGUUUAACAGAGAUGUACAUUGAGGCACAGGAAAGUAUAGACAAAUUCAGUGGCAUGAAGGCAGUGAGCAGGAAAAAAAAUCAACCCUGAAAAUUCUCCCUGUCACACAGUGUCUUUUAAAAAAAAUAGCUAAACAUACUGUGUUAAUUUGAGUGCCUUUCUUCCUUCUAGAGGGAGCAAGAUUAUAUUUAAUGUUUAAGUAGAAAACAAAGAAUGGAAGUUCUAUCACAGUUGAUUGUAACUCAUUGUAUUGACAGUUGCUAGGCCUGGUCCCAUGGAGUUUGUAUGCUUUCAUGAGAUACUGAUAUGAGUAGGUAGGAUGCUUUGGUUUGUAUUUCUUAGUUAGCAUUGUUAAGUACCCUAUCAAGAAGAAUUCGUUCUUUCCCUGUGGCAACUAACUUUUUUGGGUGUCGGAGGCAUUAUAUUUAGAAGAGAACAUGUGCAUAAUUAGAAAUCAGUGGGAAGCCUGGGCAGCCCAAGGUCAAGGGAAACAGUGGCGCUGUGCCCUACAAGAAAGGCCAUAUGAUUGUUCCAAAUGAAUCCUUUGCCUCACUUGAAGGACUUAAAGAAUUCCCUCCCAAAUUCCAUGUUGAAGGAAAAGAAGUAAAUACGGAGAUGAAAUUUAAAAUGUGGCAUUUUAUAUAUAUGAGUAUGGAGAAGGGAGGGACCUAAGGUCCUUAUUUCAAGAAAGCAAAUAACUUGUCAUUGUAAUUUCAUAAAACUAUAAGCUAAAGAUUCCAAAGUGCUUUCCAGAGGACUAUUGAAUAGUAUAUUCCUAAAUGGCAGCAAUAUGUCAUAGUUCAUAGUGGAUACAGAAAACCAUUAUGUCAGUUGUAGAUCUAGGGGGUAUGUAUGUGUGUGUGUGUGUGUGUGUGUGUGUUGCAGGGGGUGCCUCUAGCUCUCACCUUGGGACAUCAUAUUCUGGUUAGGCCAUGUUAACACUGUAAAAACCAAACUCUUCGCUAAAAAACAAAUAAAGAGCAGUAGCUUAGUCUGCAGAUGAAACUUUAUGCUUCCAAGAAUAUUAGCUCUCUAGAGGUUGUGCUUUUUUGGACAAUACUCUGGUCCACAAAGCUAACCCUGGCAUUUCUUUUAUUAAUCUGUUAUUCCUCAGGGUGUAGAAGAUUUAGUGAAUUUAGGACAAAAUUUUAUAUGCAGUGGCAAAAAAAGAAAAGGCAAAAAUAUGCUAAAUAUAUUACUAGCUCUUAAAAUUUUAGUAUAGACAGUAUUUUUGAUAAACCGCUACCAGUGCAGUAGCUCAUAGAUGCCCUGUGACUGCCUCAUCGCUCAUCUCGCUGCUUCAGUCCCCAUGGCCCUAUUAUGAAUGUUCUCUUAUACACGUCUUCUGUGGAAACAAUUUCUGGAAUAUAUUGUUUCCCACGUUUGGCAGAGGUGGCGUUUUAGCUGACAUCAGUCUGUUUGUGGAAAUCCUAUUCAGAAAAUGAUUACUAUUGGUGCUCAGACUGACAGCUGUUUCGCUUCUUAAAACUUCAGUUCCCCUGAAAGAGACCCUGUAUGUGUUCAGCACACUGCAUAAUGCCUUGUACCUUGUAGGGAUCCCACGGGUCAGAAUUGUUCAAGGCUAGGGAGUUAAAACUAGCUUACCACUAUCUCAUCACCAUUGCCCACAUUCUUAGCUUCAGGAGAAACACGGUAUUGUGCUUAAGAUAUACAAUUCGAUUCAAAUAUGCCAGGCAAGAGAUACAACUGCACACCUCAAGUGAAAUUCAGAUACUCUUAAGACGUGUGUGUGCAUAUUCACAUAUCUAUAUGUAUAUACAUCUAAAUGAGAUUUGGAACUUGAAUUUAUAUAGUGAUUUUAGAGAAUUUUACUUAAAGGGUUUUUAUUUUCGUAUAUGCUUAAAGUGCUCCUAUUUCAAGACCGUUUUCUUUAUUAAAUCAGCCCCCUCGAGCAAAGUUGGAAACCUAAUGCAAGUGCCAUUUGCCCAAAUUAACCAGAUAUUUGUGUAAACUAUUUACUUUGUCUUUGGAUGCUUAUGAACCAUGACAUUCUGACUUUUCUUCCAUACCUUUAGGGAAUCAGCCUUAAUUUCCUGUAUGGCUAUCGCUUUCCUCAAAGUACUAUGCAGCAUACUUCAAAUGUUUAUCUUUAUAAAGUGAUUAGUAAUAAAUCUGAGGUGUUUUCAUGUCCUAGGGAUGAAUAAUUCCACACACUCAGAUACUGACUCACACAGCAUUCUAUUAAAAGUGCUCAUAUAGUACCCUCCCUCACCAGUGUCAUCUUGCAUUUGAAGCAGGUAUUUUUUCCUUAUCAGUUAAAGAAUGAGUGUAGACUGGGUACAGUCCUAGUAGGUGCUCAAUAAAUAUUUAGCUGAUUAUUGAUCUGACAUCAAACAGUUGUCUUUUCACAGAGGAGUCUAUUUUUAGAGUAAUAUAUGUUUGAAACUGAAAAAUUCUAUCAUUUGAAUGACGAGGCUCAUUUAGGCUGGAGUUUAGUAACAUGCAAUAACAAUACUAUUUGUGUAGAACAUUCUCUGAAGAUAGGAGAUGGGAAAAAUUUAAGCAGUAUCUUUUUGUGCAAGGCACAUUAAUAAAGUGAGUAAGUUAAUGUCUUAAUAGGCUGCUGGACUCGAGAGAGAACUGCUGUAGACUUCUGUGAUCAGUUUCUGUGUUGGUAAACCUAGUAUCACCUGUCUUAGGUUCUGUUCAGUUUUCCCCAACUCUCGGUUGCUUUCCAGUGUCUUAAAAGUAGUUGUGGUAAAAUGUGAAGUUAUAUUAAAUAACCUAUACUUGUUUUCUCAGAACAUCUUUAAUAUGAGAGAGAAAUUUUUAUGAAUGAUAACAGUAGUUUCAGAAUCUGUUAAUUUGUGGCUUUCAGAUCAUUUUUGACAGGGCUUGCCCAAUGUGAACAGAUUUAAAUAGUUUAAAAACAAACAUUCCAACCUGAGCUGUGAGGAACAGAGUGUCGAGUACUCGUGUAACUGGGCAUGGCCUCCUGGCGAGGUUCUUGAUCCCUGACUGUGAUACUGAUUUCUGACUGUGAAGACCACCGUCAGUAUUCUAGUUUGACGUGUGUUCUUCCUUGAAGACGAUGAAAUGAGUGCUAGAUUAACUUGUAUUUGAGAUGGACAGGAUAAAAAAUGAUGUGGUAUAAAUAUGCCAGAUAUUUAUACACACUACUACAAAAACUAAAAAAAGGAGGGAAGAAAAUGAUAAAAGGUCAGUGUUUUGGUUUGUUUUUUUAUAGCCUCUAAAAAAAUUUCUUUUUAGAUCCAAGUCCCUCGGACACUAAGCAGUUGCUUACUUUAUUUAACACUGUGGGACUUUAAGGGUUAGUUUCUCAGAUACCAUCAAUAGUCUGCUAUUGGAAUUGACCAUGUGUGUGAACUUUACAUUGCUUGAAGAUUUUCCAGAAGUGGAGUAUUUAAGUAGCAGUUGUAGUUGUUUAAGAUUUCCCGUAGGUUGUGGUUAAAUGGACAAGUUACAUAUAUGAUCUGUGGUGCAAGGGCAGAUCCUGGGCAUUAAAGAUAAGUUUGGCUAACUUGUUUUACUGAAGAUACUAAUUGUCUUCCCUCUCCACUGCUGUUUUUCUUAAACUCGUUUCUUUCCGUGUAACAGUCUGCAUUGAAAGUUCUUUUAGCUCUCACAAUGUACUAAUUCACAUUUUUUAAGGAUUAAAUAUUUUAUGAAUUCUUUUUACAUUUAAAAUGUAUACCUUGGAGAGGGAUAAAAAUAAAUUUUGUGGUAAAGUCUGUGCAGAGGGUGCUAUGGUGUCCUGGGAGUGAGUUCUCCAGAGCGCUUAAAGUAUGAUGCUAAAUUUGAAGGCUAAUAUAAUGACUAUAGAUUAUUUGUAUUAGCACUGUCCAAUAGAAACAAAUGGGAGCCAUAUAGGUAAUUCUUAAUUUUCUAGCAGGCACAUUAAAAGAGAAACCGGUGACAUUAUUUUUAAUUAACUCAAUAUAUUAAAAAUACCAUUUUAGUAUGUAAUCAAUAUACAUAAUUAUGGAGAUAUUUUGCCUUUUUUUUUUUUUUUUUUUUUUUGGCCCUGAUGGUAGGUUUUUAAAAUUCAUUGUGUAUUUUGCACUCACAGUGCAUGUUAGUUCUGGUGAGCUAGAAGUGCUCAAAUAGCCACGUGGCUAAGGGCUGCUAUAUUGGACGGUGCAGGUUCAUAGGGUACAGAGUAGGACUUUAUUUUAAAUUGGGAGAUGGUGUGGUCAGGUAGGCAUGAAAUUAUGGUACUUUAAAAAUUACUUUGUAUACUUAGAAAAGUAUCUAAUAGAAUUAUCCACAUUGUCUUCAUUUUAAAUUUGCUGUAGAACUAGCUCAAUCUGUUCCAAUUUGCCAAGCAUUAUUAAGGAGGAAGAAAUUCCAUGCCAUGUAAAAUACCAUGAUAUGCUCAUUAUAACAACACAUUAUUAACACAUUUUUCAAUGUGUUCACUAAAUUCUGUCCUGUUUCUUCAAAGUAAUAGCUUAAAUUGCAUGUUAAUUGUAUAUCUGUACUUGUUUUGUUUUUAUAUUAUUAUUAUAAUAAUGUGUAUUAACAAACAGCCCUAGGAUUCUAAUAUUCCUGUGCAUCUGUCUUCCAGUACUUACUGGUACACUUAUUAAGUUGUUAUAAGUGGCAGAAAAGUAGAAUGAACCAUUGGUUUUUUCCAUUAGAUUGUUUUUAUCAUGUGAUCUGUACCAAGCCAGCUAUAAAUUAUUAUAUUUCUGUAGACUAUGGAAAAUAGUGUUUAUGUCUUAUCUUUACUAAAUGUUUGCAAUUUCUAAGUAAACUUUUCAUCUCCUAA